AUGACCGCCAACGAGGAAUCAUGGGACCUCGAUAGCGAUGAGAUUCGCUCAAUCGAUUCGGAUGAGCUUCGCGAGACCAGACCCAACCGCUGGAAGGGCAGCGCAGCAACAUGGCGCACCCUCACCGAAGAGGAACGCCUAUUGCACCGCUCCAUGGAGCAGCUCCGCAACCGCGAUCUCUCCGUCCAUCUGUACAACACAUUUGCGGUGAAGAACCGCAAGAUCCAAGCAAACAGCAACAGCGCAACGGACCCAGACACCGAGGACGCAGAUCAAGCGCUUCGGGACAGGGCGGACAAAACGGACUGGCGUCCGCCAAAUACAUGGACCGCAUGGCCGAUGAACGUCAAAGACGUUCCCGGUGACGACUUCAUGAAGGAGACGCACGACCAGGACGACGACCUCACCGUCCGCUCAGGCGUGCCGCAGCUACCCAGCACAGUUCUGGAAGAAGAGCUCACCGCCACCAUUCUGAAACAGGCAAAGGAGCGCUUCCGUCGUCGGCAGGAUAAGCACCGACAAAAAGAGGCCGCCGCGGACGAAACGACGGCAGCGCACUCGCAGUCGGCCUAUUCACAGUCCGAAUUCACGACGGAAGACGGCGACGGGUCUUCCGCCGAAGAGGAUCCGACAAAGGUGGCCGCGGCGACCGACGACCAAACCCCGAAACCAACGACGAAGACGUACGAGGCGGUCGUGUCCGCCAACGACGACCUCUCCGCGGACCUCCUCCGCCCUUCCGUCCGGCACAUCCUGUCCAUGAUGGACAACACCCUCACUACCCUGCACAACGCGCGCCUGGCGGGCUUGAGCUACAUGACCGACUCCUCGGCCUCGGCGACGGACGUCUCCGAUGCAUCUGAGGGUUCCGACGCGGGCAGCCUUACGUCGCGGGGAUCGCGGACGUCGAGGUCUUCCCGCGGUUCGCCAAAAAAGCGCAGCAAGCAGGGUCGGCCACGGAGUAAAACGCCUCGCACGCCCGAGCCGGAACAGGGCGGGAAGAAGAGAAAAGGCCGGCCGAGAAAGGCGCACGCGCCCUUGCCGGGGGAGACGGAGAAGGAGAUGAUGAUUCGGAUCGCGAGGGAGCAGCAUAAGAGGAUUCCUUUCUCGUCGGAGGAAGACAACAACCGCGAGGACGGGAAUGGUGAGCAGGGUGAAGUCGCGGAACCCGCGGACGCUGCCAGCGAUGAUGAUGAGGACGCGGCAGAAGACACCGCUCGGGACACAUCACCGGAGAAGUCCAGGUCUCCGAGGAAGAAGCGCGACCUGCCGCCCGAAGCCAGGCUGGAAGCCAGAACCAGGCACAGGGAAAACAUGCUCAGAGACUGGGGUCUACGUGACUGGAGCGACAUCAUCGGCGCUGCCUCGAUCUCCGGCUUCAAACCCGAGGUCGUCGCCCGGGCGGCGCAGCGAUGCGCGGAUCUCUUCGGGCAGGGCAUGGAGAUGCAGACUCUCCUCGAGGGGCCGGCGUCUAAGGGACCGAAGCCGCAGAGGAAGAGGUACCUCCCCAACACCCGUCCCCGCGUAGCUUCGUUCUCGAGCUCGGACGAGGAGGGCGGGCCGGUGCCUUUCCGAGGCGUCGGGAAGAGACAGCGGAGUCGGGGACGGGAUAGUGCCCCGCCCACCGACACCGAAGCCCAGGGAGCCGGGUCGAGGGCCUCGAGCAGACGUCGCAGCGCGUCGCGUUCGUCGUCGGUCGGGCUGUUCUACUGUCCCGUCGCGGGCUGCGAGAGAUCCCUGGAGGGCUUCGACAGGAAGGCGAAUCUGCAGAGGCACGUUACGCGGGUCCAUCCGGGCCAGGCGGUGGAGGUCGACGAGGUCGAGAGCGAAAACGAGAUGCACGGCGCGGUGCACGUCGAUGGUUUCCUCAAGCCGAUCCGGGCGCGUAAGGGGUGGAGGGCGGAGGACACCGGGCACAGGAAGCGCAAGAGGCAUUAUCGCGGCAAGAGGCUCCAGAGCGGCGACGAGACGAGCGGCGUGGGCGAGGAGUCCGUUUGGGAUUCUUCCUGA